UUUGAUUGAAAUCGCUAAAAAUUUUACAAUUUUUGGUAUAAUUGCUUUUUGAAAUAGUAAAUAGCAUCUUAUUCAACAACAAAAGCGGGCGUAACUGACAAAUUGGCGCAAAAUUUGAUCACAUAUGGACGUAUAUGAAUACGUAAAAGUUACAGAUCUUAUGACGAUGUCGACAAACAAAAAGGAAUAAAUAACUAUCGCCUCCGACGGAAGGAAUAGGAGUAACACCCACGCAAUUCUUGAGCCUGCUUGAAACAAGAUGUCGAUAGAAGUAGAAAUCAACCAGUGUGAUGUAUUGCAGUCAGAUACCUUUGACGAAUAUGAUGAAAAAACCAAAGCAGUAGAUCGCAAUAAAUUACUGUUCGCGGAAAACGAACAGCUAUUGCGAGCUGCAGUUUCGGAUGAUGAUUUCGAUUUUGAUUCGGCAUUUAGUUCUGAGUCAAACAAUCUCCUAACAGAUGAGAGUACAGAGCCUGGUGGGCAAUACGGUGGUUCAACAGCUGGCGGUGGUGUGCUAGAAAAUGACAGGCUGCAAUCCCUGGAGGAUGAACAUGAGACUCUAUCGUCCAAUUUGAUGGCUCUCACGUCCCAUUUUGCACAGGUUCAACUAAGGCUUCGCCAGAUAGUCGAUGCCCCUCAGGAAGAGCGGGAUUACUUGUUGAAAAAUCUGGAAGAGUUUGCAUUUUUAGGUAUUCCAGAGUUGCAACAAAAUGCAGCGAGAAAAAACAUUCCAGAAAUAGUAGCUAAAUUAGACAACAGUCCUGAAUCUGUUGAGAGUCUACGCGAAAAACAGGCUGCUCUUAUUGAACAACUUAAAAAUCAACUAAUCGACCUAGAGCGAUAUGCUUACGAAUCAGGAACGGGAAUACUUCCGCAUACAAUUCUGCUAGAAAAACAAAAGGUUAUCAUUGAUGAAAUCAAAAAUAAAAUCAAUCUGAAUUUGAACGAAUUGGACUUGCCUCAGCUCACGACGGAAGAUCUAAGAACUCAAGUUGAUUCAGCGCUAGACGAGCAAUUGGUGAAUCCAUUAAAAAUGAAGGAGCAGCUAGUUUCACAACUUAAGACCCAGAUACAAGACUUAGAGCGAUUCAUCAGCUUCCUGCAAACAAAUGAAAAGGAGGAAAUAAAGAAAAGGUUUUUGCAACAACAGGAACUAGCUAAGGCAGAAGCUGCUGAACGUGCAGAAUACAGAGAAAAAGCCAAAUCACGCUCGCUUCCCUCCAGGCAGGAACAAACAAGAUCUGAAAGAUGUCCCGAAGAUACACAUCAAUCAUUUAGUCGAAAAGAAUCUUUUAAUAGCAAAGCAUUUGGGUUGAUGGACAAAGCCAGUACUAUUCUACAAAUGUUCGCUCUUUCGCAAUUCAACUGUGGAAGUGAGCGAAAUCAAGAGAAUUUCCAACGUAAUAUAAUGAAACGUUCCAAAGAAAACUGCUGGGGUGAUAUGAGAGCCAAGUUGGAGGUCGAUGUUCAAGAAGUAGUAUCGCUGGCGAUGGAAGCGCAGGAGGAUUUGCAACUCUCAGACAUAGCCAGCGAGUGUGGCGAUUUACAAGUAGCAAAUUCUCGUAAAAAAUACGAACUUACAAUGUUUGUACGCAAGCAUUUAGCCAAAACAAUCCAAGGGUUGAUGCAGCAUGGCCUACGUGGUACGUCAGAAAGCAGUGUCAGUAUAGUUCCGUUUAUCUCUGGUUGCUUCAGCGGAGAAAGCUACCAGCAACAGACACAAGCGAGUACUUCUGAUGACCACUUCUAUGGGGGAAACGCAAAGAAACGUAACUCUGAUAAUGCUUCUAAAACAGCUACGAGUGCUCCAAGACGUCAUUCGGAGUUUAGUCACGGAGAAGAAUUGCCAGAGCAAAAUGUAUUCUCGCAAAUAGAAGAAGAAGAAGAAAAUGGAGAAAUAACGUACUACAGUGGUGAUGAAGCAGAAAUGCAUGCUUGGGAACUAUUAUUGCUAUACUAUAAUAUUAAAAAUGGGGAUCGGUACAACUCGACUCCAGCUAGGAAAUUAUCAGAAAGUUUUAACCUAGAUUUGGUAGACGGAAGGCCGCAGUCGAAUAAACAGAGUUUAUUAAGCACUAUUGGUACAAUAGUCUCUUUACAUAGUCCUUAUAAGAGGAGCUACAAUUCACAGUUCAAAGCAUUCAUCUGUGCUGCUCUAAAUGCACAGAAGCUGACGCAAUGGUUACACCUUGUUUAUCAGUGCAAAGAUUUGAUCAACUCUUACUACAGUAGCUGGAGUUAUGUAGCUAACACAGGCUUCCGCGAUGCUAUGAAAACCUUGGACCGUUUAACACAGUACCGAUUUGACCUGCCGGUUGAUCUAUCCGUUCGUCAGUUUAAAAAUAUCAAAGAUGUAUUUAUAUAGAAUUUUCCCUUUGCCGAUGCUCAAUACUUACAAAUGUACAUUGUAAAUGAGCCUUAAUUCACCAUAUUGUUCACGUCUACGUAAAUCAAAAACUCUAUUUGAAUACAUUUUCCAAAACAUGAUUUUCUAUCCUCCAAUGGUAUUUAAAAACCUAAAAGCAUCCUCUUUAGUCUAUAAAAGAAUGCUUGUUUCGUUAACCUUUGAGCUUACCACUUCUUGCAGCACCACCAUAGCACUAACUGCACGAACAAUCCAUAUAUUUGAUAACAGUAAGCAGUUUCGUCAUAAAAAAUAUGACAGUUAAAAAUAUACUAAGUAUUCACUUACGUUGGAUAUAAAAGAAAAAACUUUAACUUAGGCAUCUACUAUGCAAUUAGGCAGAUGUACAUUCAUUUGUUAUUGUGAAGGCUGCGGAUGAUUUCAGUAAUAUCAAUAGAAAGCGAAUGAAAAAGACGGGAAAACAAUAAGAAUAAACCUAAGAGAAGGACAGGAAAAUAAAAAAUAACUGUUGACAACAAAAGUAUCGUUAUAUAUGUAUAAUAAAUAAUAAAUAUGUUUAUAACCGACUUAAAACAAUGUCUGAUAAAGUAUU